AUGAAAAAAAAAAUCGAAGAGGAGAAUAAAAGUUCUUACAUAUUAAAACACAAUAACAAUGAGUUCAAAAUAGACAUUUCUUAUUUUACUCAAUUACACGAACAAAAAAUAAAUAUAUAUAAGCUAGAAAGUAAUUAUGUUAAUUUAUAUUCGAGUACUUAUUUGAAGAAAAUAAAAUUAGGUUAUAAAUAUAAUGUAUUAAAGACAUAUUUGAUAGAGUUUACACAUCCUUUUAUUCAUGUAAGAACAAUAGAAAUUAAUAAAAAAUCUUUUUUAAAAUAUGAAAAUUUUCAUAAUGAAAAGGAAAUAAAUAAUAUUGAAACAAAUGAUUGUAUUAAAACAAUACAGAGUAGUAGUGAUGAUAUAAUAAAUGAUGAGAAUAAAAAUAUUGAUAAAAUACCCUAUAUAAUGAAUAAUUAUAGAAAUAAUUAUAUUGGUUGUUUAUUAAAUUUUAAUACAUUAGAAGAAUUUUUAAAAUGUAAUAAAGAUGAUCAUAUAAAUUAUACAUUAAAAAAUUUAAAAAGUUAUAUAAAUAAUGAAAAAAAUGAUAUAGAUUAUAAAGAUAUGAAUUUAUAUAUUGAUAACAAUAUUUAUGAUGAUAAUUUUUGGGCUUAUAAAGAAAAUUGUUCAAAUGUUUUAGAAAAGAUAAAUAAAUAUUUAAUACUUAGUUUUUUGGAUUUAAAAAAAUAUAUAUGUUAUUAUAGUAUAGCAAAUCCUAUUAUAAAACCAAAAGAUAAUUAUUAUAAAUUGACAAAAAAUAGUACAAGGUAUUUUUUCUAUAUAGAUUCAAAAUAUAUUUAUAUAAAUACUGAAAAUAGACAAAUCAAUAUUAUAGAUUUAUUUUAUCUAUCUUAUAAAAUAGAUGAUUAUUUUAAUAAUUAUAAAAUGUUUCUUAAUAUGAAUAUAUUCUUAUUACUCAAAUUUGAUAAUACUCCUCUUCAUAAAAUGAAUAAUAAAGAAUAUUAUGAUGAAUAUAUCAAUAAAUUUUAUUCUAAUAUAAAUUGUCAAGAACAUGAAAAAUCAAAAAAAGAAUUUUAUCAAAUAAAUAGUUUUUAUAAAUUAUUUGAAUAUUUAAAAAGUGAUGAUACAUCACAAAAUGAUUAUCACCACAAAGAAUAUAAUUCAUUUGAUAAUAAUAAUAAUAGUAAUAGUAAUAAUAAUAACUAUUCAAUGCUACAUAAAAAUUAUGAUAUGGUCAUAUUACCUAUUAAUGCACUAUCUGAAUUAAAAGAUGAUAUAAAAAAUUCAAAAGAUAAAAUUUUAAGAUAUAUUAAAAAAGACUUUUUUGAUUUAUAUAUAUGUUUUAUUGAUAUAAAUUAUAUAUUCAAUUCUUUGUCUUGGGAUUUUAGAAAUUUAUUAUAUUGUUUAACUCUAAAAUAUGAAUUGUAUAAUUUUCAAAUAGAUAUAUUGGCUUUUAGAGAUAUCUCUUUAUUGAGAGAACAGUUUGUUUGCACCUUCAAAUCUGAAGAGGGAUUUAUUUGGCGCUAUCCAAAUGUAGUCACAAAAAUGGAAAAUACAAAAAAAAAAAAAAAAAAUCACAAUGGUGAUAAUAAUGAUAAUAUUAAUGAGGAUAAUUAUAUGGAUAAAUCUAAAGACAUUAAUAGUGAUAUACAUAAAAAUAUUAGUAGUGAUAAGAAUAAUUCUUUUCAAUAUAAUCAUAUUAAUAAUUGCUUGUCUCAUCAUGAUGUAUCUUUUUCUCCUGUUUCAAAAAUAUGCAAAGUUAAUUAUAAUAUUAUUAACAAUUAUAACAAUGACUGGAGAGAUGAUCUUACAAAUGUAUGUUCAUAUGAUAAUAUAGAACACUCAUCUAGUCAAGAAGAAAAUAAUAUGAACGUUAAUAAUACUUACAUAAAGGAUAAUAAAAAUGUUAAAUACAACAAUAAUAAUACAUGUCCUAAUCAUCUAAUUAAGUACGUUUUAAAUUCUUCAUUAUUUCAGGUAAAAGUUCCAGAUAAAAUUCACUUUAUUUAUGACAAGGAAGCCAAUUAUAUGAACACAUAUUUAGAUGACAAAAAAGAGGAUUCAUUGAAUAAACAAGAUAUAGACAUAUUACAAAAAAAUGAUGACACAUGUGAUAAAAAUAAUUGUAUAAAUGCAUGUAAAAGUUUAAGAUCUAGUUUAAAUAUAAGAAAAGAAGAUAAUAAUUAUAUAACAGAAUGGAUGUAUAAAAAUGAAGAAAAUAAAAAUAUAAUAAAGAAUUAUAAUAAAUUAUAUUAUGAUAAUAAAGUGUAUAAUAUAUUAUGUGGAUGGAAAUAUUUUGAAGAGAAGAAAAAACAGAAAAAAAGUAUUAUAUGUAUUAUAAAUUUAAAUGAUUUUAUAAAUAAAGAUACGAUUCAAAGGAUUUCGUUAGAAUUAAAUAUAAAACUAAUAAAAUGGAAGAUAUUAAAAGAUUUAAAAUUUGAAAAUAUAAAAAAAUUAAAAAUAUUAAUCAUAGGAUUAGGAACCUUAGGUUGUAUGGUAGCUCGUAAUUGUGUAUCAUGGGGAAUACAAAAUUAUACGUUUAUUGACAAUUCGCGUGUGUCUUUUUCUAAUAUUAGUAGACAAUAUUUAUAUACCUUAGAAGAUGCAGAGAAAUAUGGUAAGAUAGGUGAAUACAAAUGUGUAGCAGCGAAAAAAAACUUAUUAAAGAUUUGUCCAGAUUUAAAUAUAAGAACAAAGGUAAUGGAUAUACCUAUGCCUGGUCAUUUAAAUUAUUUGAAUGAAAAUCUGGAGGAUACAAUAAAUGAAUUGGAUGAUUUAAUUCAUAAUCAUGAUGUCGUAUUUUUAUUAACUGAUUCGAAGGAGUCACGAUAUUUUCCGUGUUUAAUGAUAGCAGAAAAGCAAUAUAAUUCUUUGAAAGAAUUACAGAAGGGGGUAAAUAAUGGUGAUAAUAUUAACAGUAAUAGUAAUAUUAAUAGUAAUAAUAAUAACAAUAAUAAUAAUAUUAAUCGUAAUAAUAAUAAUUGUAAUAUUUUAUUAUGUGAAGAAGAAAAUAUCAUUACACAUGAAUAUAUAAAAAAUCCAGAAUGUAGAAAAAAUAUGGAUAAUCCAUUUAAUGAUAUAUUUUCCUUAUAUGAACAAAAUAGUAAUAUAUAUAAAUCAUUUAAUAAUAUAAAUAUGUAUGAUACAUAUAAUGAAAAUUUUUAUAAUAAUAUACUUAAAAGUGUAAAAACGUUAUGUAAGAUGCCUCCUCUAGGAAUUACAGUAGCAAUAAGUUUUGAUUCUUUUGUUGUUUUAAGACAUUCAUAUUUAUAUUUUAAAGGUGCAUGUUAUUUUUGUAAUGAUAUGCAUUCUCCUUCAGAUUCUUUAUCUUAUAGAACCCUCGAUGAAAAAUGUACAGUCACUCGAUCUGGUGUAAGUAAUAUAAGUAGUAGUAUAGCUACAGAAUUAUUAUUAGCCUUAACACAACAUCCUCUAUAUUUUUUUGCUCCACAUAUAGACAAAGAUCAAUAUAUAUAUAAUUAUGAUAAUGACAUUAAUCAACAAAAAAAAUCAGACAUUUCUAAUGUAUUCACUUCAUGUUUAGGUGCUACACCACAUAUAAUUAAUUUUAAUUUAGCAAAUUUUAAUAUGAAAAAAUUAUUCUGUGAACCAUUCGAAAAAUGCAUGUGUUGUUCAGAAAAGGUGAUACUAAAAUAUCAGGAGGAUAAAAUGGAUUUCAUUCGAAAUGUUAUUAGGGAUAGUUCCAUUUUAGAAAGAAUCACAGAUAUGAAUCAACUGAAAGUUGAAGAGAAUGAUGUUAUAAUAUUCGAAUGA